UUUUAUUCAGUACAAUACUAGAAUUUCUUCAAAAUGGCACCCAAAGUUUGGACUACAUUUACCGCGAAAAAAUCAAAUGGAAGUGACGUCAAGUUGCGAAUUCAGGACAUGCCUCCCGAGAGGCUGGAAGAAGUCCUAAAUUUCUUCGACGAUUAUUACAAUCAAAAUAAUGCAUUUUAUAAAUUACUUGGAGUCUCAAAAAACCCCAAAGCAGUCCAGGAAUCAAUAGAAGGUAUGAGGCAAAUGUUCAAAGCGGCUCCCACUAAAAUAGUUAUUUGCUGUAUGGACAAUGGCGACGCCAAACCGGAGAUAGUGGGAGCCACAGCCGCUGGAGUCACCACCAGUAAGGACAACAUCGACGAUUUCAUGAAUUUCAAUAUUAAAACUAAAGAGGUGACAGAACUGUACGCCCUAUUUUUUGAAUUGAUGAAGUUGUACGACGUCUUCAAAGGGAAAAAUGUCGAUCGCUACUCUGAUGAGAGGGGCUUAGCUGUAAGCAAGGAUUACGGGGUUGCUGUACUCAAAGAGCUACUGAACGUGAGACGCAAGCUGUGCAAAGAGCUGAACGUUCCGCUAUCGGCGUUCUGGGCGAUGUCUACCGAUCAGCAGAAUGCCGCCGAAGCUGAUGGGUGGGAGACAGCCUUCGAAGUGACCCGCGACGAAGUUGCCAAGAAACUUGGAGUAACCAUCACUGAAGAUCCGGCAACGUACAGACUUGUUGUUGGAACAGCAUUGUAAAAAAUAAUGAACAUUGCACUGGAUCGCUUGUUGUUAAUUUGUCAAUACAAACUAUACCUAUUGAUACGUUUAUAGUUAUUGCUAUAUUUAUUACUCUAAACAAAUAUGAUAACAAAUAAAUUUAUAUGAAGGAUA